AUAAACCCCUCACGUCUCUACGAUCAUUACUUUUCAAUUUGUAUGAGCAGACCCCAAAGAUGGUUGAGAAUGUCGGUGGACCGGGCGUCCCGGUGCUCUUCUUUGACGGCGAGCAGGAGAUCAACAUCGGCACCGUCCGCAUCAAUCCGAUGAUGGAUUUCAAGGCCUUCCAGUUUAUUCUCAGCAAACGGAUUGGGAUUUCUCCCAACCAGAUAUCGAUUUAUCUUUGCGAUAGCACGGCAGACCGCAAGAGGAUUCCCAUAACUGCGAAGGUCAAUUUCGCCUUUAUUGCUCGCGAGAAGGACUGCUUCUUUCUGGCGGUGCUGAAGAGGUCGCGGAAGGCGCGGAACCGGAAAGCCAAGAUGAACUGGAUGGCGGAUUAUAGAGACUACUUGGCGGAAAUCGAGUUAGCACGACCGCCUCAGCCGGAGAAUUUGAUUUUGCUGCGUCGGAACCAGCCCGAAUUGAGCGUCGCUAUGGAUCCGGGAUUCCCCGAGUACGAGUCGGCGUACCACGACCAGAUUUCGCAGGCGGAGCUAGCCGGACUGAAUCAUAGGUUGCACAGCUUGAAGAUUCAGAGGGAGAAUUACGCAAUGGCAAUGGCAAGGUCGAACCCGGAUCCGAUUGGCGUCGUGAACCCGAACCCUAAUUCUGGACUGGAUCCCGAUGCUUUUCCCAGCAUUCAAGACAGCUAUUCGACGAUGACGAAAAAGGAGAAAAGUAGCUGCAAGGAAUGUAGGAGUAUGAAGAACGGCAAAACAGCGGCUUUCCACCCAUGCGUGAAUGACCCGGUCAUCCCUGGAAAGUUCCGGAGUCGGGCCGGCCCAAUUCGACGCUCGUCAGGGACUCCUCGCUAGAGUCCGUUUGGUUUUUGUGUGUAUACGAAGAAAAUACUGCCGAGAAGCUUCAAUCCGCUGUGUCGGAUCAUAUAUUAGACUAUGGUGUGCCUCAUUCAUGGAUAGUGACUUCGAUUGACUAUAGAGACGUUUUUCUUGUUCUUGAGAAAAAAACUAGCUAGGACAGUUCACCAGGAAUGAAUUGUGCCUAAUAAUUCGCACGAAUUGUGCGAUUCAGUUUUUUCUUGUGAAAAAAUUGCUGUUAGUAUUUACAUAGGAGUUUUUGUUCAUUUCUUAAUGUGGUAAUUUUUUUGACUGAUUUCUUUAUUUUUAGUAUCAUUUGACACGAUGGAAGGAUUAAUCAGGAAAUAUUU